AUUAAAAAUUCCAAUGCAUCUAAAUUCAAUUUGCACCACUUUGCAAAUGGGUCUCACAUCCAUUUAAAACUCCUUUAACAUGUUAAAACUCUGACCCAUCAAUCAGAACAAACUCAGACCCAUCUUUUUCACACAAUUAAAUAACCCUCUUUCCUUCCUCUCCCUUUAUUUAAACUUUAAACCCAUCUUUCCCCUCCAUUUUUAAACACUCCCCUGUUUUCUUCCUGAACCACCAAAAAUGGGCAAAGCUACUAAAUGGUUGAAAUCCCUUUUAGGGAUGAAUAAACAAAAUGAUAAGGAAAAAAUGGUUAAAUCUGUUACUAAUGAAGAUCUGAAGAGAGAAAAAAUAACAAGAGUUGAAGGAAGAUGGAGUUUUACAAAACCCACAAAAGAGAAAGUGAAAGAAAAGCAAAAUGUUUGGUUUAGUAGAGAUUUUAUUUCUGAAUCAGAAAAAGAGCAAACUAAACAUGCUAUUGCUGUUGCUGCUGCGACUGCUGCUGCCGCUGAUGCCGCUGUUGCUGCUGCUCAAGCUGCUGUUGCUGUUGUUAGAUUGACUAGCCAUGGCCAUGGCAGAGAAACUCUGUUUUCUAAUGGUGGAAAACACAGAUGGGCUGCUCUUAAGAUUCAAGCCCAUUUUAAGGGCUAUUUGGCAAGGAGAGCGCUUAGAGCCUUAAAAGGUCUAGUAAAAUUACAAGCUCUUGUAAGAGGCUAUCUUGUUCGAAAGCGAGCUGCAGCAACUCUUCAAAGCAUGCAAGCACUCAUCAGAGCGCAGGUGGCUGCACGUUUUCAAAGGGCUAGUCAAGCCCUGAGUCGGAGUCAUAGAUUUCAUUCAGAGUUUCGAGCACGAAAAUCCAUGGAAAGGUUUGAUGAAUCAAGAAAUGAUCAUUUCCAUAGCAAAAGACUAUCGACAUCAUAUGAUCCAUAUAUUAAUCCAUAUGAAGGGAGUCCCAAAAUUGUUGAAAUUGACACAUAUUAUAAGCCAAAAUCAAGGUCUAGGAGGAUCAACAUCAAACCAACAUCCUACGAUUUUAGUGGCGAAGAUUUACAAUACCCAACAAUGUCUUCACCUCUACCAUGUCCUUUCCCUGGCCGGGCCCAAAUAGAUUGUCGAAACUACGAUUGGAGCUUCUAUGGUGAUGAAUGUCGGGUCUCAUCAGCUCAAAGUACACCUCGGUUUUCAAAUUCAGUUCGAUCCAAUGGGCCCCCUACACCCACCAAGAGUGUAUGUGGGGAUAGCUUCUUUAGGCCUUGUUCGAACUCCCCUGGCUACAUGGCGGAUACAAAAUCGUUUCGAGCCAAGCUUAGGUCCCAUAGUGCCCCUAGACAAAGGCCGGAUUCCCAACCCAAGAAUAGGGUAUCAUUGUAUGAGAUGAUGGCUGCUAGAAACAGUAUUAGUGGUGUUAGAAUGCAGAGAUCUAGUUAUUCUAAAGUUCAAGACUACUCCUUGAACUUGUGAAGUGUACGAAUCACUUUGUGUUUAGUGUGAGUAGUGACGCAAAAUAGAGUUUGUAGAGUGAACAAUAGAGAAAUUGAUGACACUUACUCUUAGACUUAAUUGUGUUUUUAGUGGGUCAAUGUUGCCCUUUUGCAACUGAUAAGUAAAACAUUAGAACACAGGGUGCUUGUGUAUAUUCUAAAGAUAUUAACUUUCUAUCAAUGGAAAUGAAAUUCUCUUAA